CCCGCCCGCGACGCUCUAGGCGGCGGCCGCCGGACUCGCUGCUCCCGGCGGGCCCGGCCCGCGCUGUGGGACGCGGCGCUGGCGGGGCCGGACCCGCACCGGGACCCCGCGCCCGAGCCCCGACCCCGCGGGACGGGCCGGGGGCCGGGCGGCAGCGGGGGCCCGGGCCUCAGCUCCCGGACUGCGGAGCCGGGCAGCGCCUCAGGUGGAAGAUGGGACCAUUUCCCUUGUGCUUUAGGUGACUCUGAAACCUGGUUACCAUGAAGUCCCGAAGGAGAUAGAGGGACAGUGGUGGGAAUUUCUUCUCACUCCUCCAAAAAAAUCCAACAGUUGCCUAAUGGGAUUACCUCUUACACUGACGUGAUGGGGAGCUGCUGCAGUUGUCUGUGCAGAGACAGCAUCCCAGACAACCAUCCCACCAAAUUCAAGGUAACGAACGUGGACGAUGAAGGUAAUGAGCUGGGAUCUGGGAUUAUGGAGCUGACACAGACGGAGCUCAUCUUGCACACUCACAAGCGAGAUGCUGUCAGGUGGCCCUACCUCUGCCUGCGCCGCUACGGCUACGACUCCAACCUCUUCUCCUUCGAGAGCGGCCGGCGCUGCCAGACGGGGCAGGGGAUUUUUGCCUUUAAGUGUUCCAGAGCCGAGGAGAUCUUUAACCUGCUCCAGGACCUGAUGCAGUGUAACAGUAUCAACGUCGUGGAAGAGCCUGUUGUCAUCACCAGGAACAGUCACCCCACGGAGCGGGAGCUCUCCCGGACCCCCCAGGCACCCAACAGUCUGGGGUACACCGUCCCAGGAUUUCCCAAUGGAUUUCACAGCUACCCUGGAGAAACCCUACCAUACUCUGCAGCCCACCACCCCUCUGUGAGCAGCCUGAGGCAUUCCUCUGUGGGGGAAGACUCUACCCAUGCCCUUAUUGGGCCUGAUGAGCAGUCCCACACCUACGUCAACACGGCCAAUGGUGAUCAGGAGCUGAGGGGCCGACACUGUAUGCACUCCUUGCCUGAAGUCCACCCUCCUUUCCCCCAUAGGAACCACAGCUGCUCCCUCGAAGACCGCAAUCCCCAGGUCUUUCUGCAGCCAGGGGAGGUUAAGUUCGUGUUAGGUCCCACAUCCAGCUGCAGACGCGCCUGUCGGCACCACCGGGAGUGCAGGACCCACUUCUGCCCCCCCAACAACAACAACAACGAGUGUGAGGAGGAGUGUCCUUCACCCCAGUGCGUCUAUGAGAAUGUCAAUGGCCUGCUGCCCCCCAGCACCUCGUCUCUCUGCCGAGGCGGGCGCUUGAAGCUGCCCCGGGAGGACUCGGCUUUACCCGGCUGCUCCCAUCGCAGGACGGCGUUGCUGCACUAUGAGAACUUGCCAUCACUGCCCCCGGUGUGGGAAUGCCAACCCCUCCCGCGGGGCGAGGAGGACACGGGCGACGUGUUGACACCUUCCCCCAGCGGCUACUCCGAGGCUGGUGAAGAAGAUCCCCUUCAGAACUACAUGAACUCGGAGAGCGCGGCGCUGCACCGGGGCCAGCGGCGCAGCAGCUUCCUGCCCAAGCCUCGGCGCAGCUGCGUGCCCAACGUCUUCAGUUUCGACUUCCCCCGGCCCUGCCCGGAGCAGCCACGGCAGCUCAACUACAUCCAAGUGGAGCUGGAGGCUGAGCCGCACAAGGGCCAUCAGAAGCCCCCGGCCCCCCGUGUCCCAGCUCCUGCCACCCCUGACGCCCGCCGGACGGACUCCUACGCGGUCAUCGACCUAAAAAAGACAGCAGCCAUGUCCAGUUUGCAAAGGGCCCUGCCCAGAGAUGAUGGGACUUCACGGAAAACUCGGCAUAACAGCACUGACCUGCCCCUGUGAGGGGGGCCGCCGAGUGCAAGCACCGUGUCGUGGCUUCGGUACCUGCCUUCAGCGUGACUUCCAUUCGCCAUUGCCUUCUGCUUCCCUGUUUACCCCAUUACCUGGUGUCACGGGAUGGCUCCUACAGCUGAUGUUAAGCCUAGUCUGUCUGUCUGUCUUCCCCUCUCUGUCUGUCCCACCUAGUUCGUUUUUGAAGCCUUGGGGGGUAUUCGACAACGUUGCUUGAAGGUUCAGCCUCCAGCAGGAGGGGCAGAAGGUGCCAGCAGUGGUACCGCUGCUGUGUGAGUGCAACCUUGGAUUGGCUUAGCUCUGCUAUCGCCUGGCAGCUCCAUGAGCAGUGCCAACAGCCUGGCUCCAGAGGCAGAGCACAGCAUGGUGGAGGCAUGUUUCCAAAAGUGAGUUGCUUUAGGAGCUCCGCUGCAAAUCCAGCCCGUUUUCCAUGGAUUUCAUGCCUUGCAGCUCGAGGCGAGUGCUGCAGCUGGGCCUUGUGGUUUCGCUGGUCCCUGGGGAUGUGGGGGCUCAUGCUGUGGUCUUUCCCCCCUCAACUCUUUUCUCCCCUCUGCACUUGUUACGUGUUUUCUUGUAGAAGCUUUUGAUACUUCUGUCCCUCUCUCAGAUUCCAUUUGAAUUGGGCAGCUCUAGAAAGGAAUUGAAGAGGACAGACAGCCAUGGGCACAGACACUGUGAUCACCUAAACCUGAUUUCCUAAAGAGACCCUGCUUUAAAAGGAGGGGAAGACCACAACUGUGAGAGAGGUUUGAGGUUUGGUACAGAACACUUCAGUUGUACCAUACCCUGCUCUUUAAGGGUUCUUUUUGGUGGCUGUUCCAAAACGUUCUUGAUUUAUUUAUUUGCUUAUUUAUUUAUUCAAUGCUCUUUCGCAUCCCAGUGGUAAUUGCCAAAAGCAGUGCCAGUAUGACACGAGCACUCGCUGUGGCUCACUCCUGCUCUCAGAAGAGGUUGGUGGCUUUGCUGAGCUGCUGCUGGGGAAAAGAGCAGUUGUGAAUCAAAAGACAUGUUGAAACCGGGACUGACUGUCACCGGGUGGGUGGGAAAUGGGAGACGUGGGAGUGCGAGCGGAGCUGCCAGGCAGCCGAGCCUGCAGUUCUAUCAGAGUCUUUGCCUUCACCCACGUGCCUGGCGGGGUCCAUGAGACGUGUUUGAUCAGUGUUUUGAGUGAAUGUGCAGUUUGUUUCCUACAACUGUGGGCUUGGAAGGGCUCAGUUUCAGCUCUCGGGUAAAUCUGUGGCCUUUCAUGUGGAUUUUUCUCUUGAUACCAGGGCUGAGUAUAAGCUGAGCUGUCAGGCCUCUGCGAGAGGCCCUCUGUAGGGUCUCUGCUCCUGUCCUGUUGCAGGCUGUCCCACCACCCCUCUCCACACGCUGCAGCUUAGUCCCUCCCUGGAUCCCUCUUUGCCAUUAUAAGCUAUUCCAGUAAGAAGUGCUCUGGGUUACUCUGGAUUCCCACCCUUCUGCUGCCUGUGUCCAUCUUCCUCCCUGGGACAGGAGUGGAGAGAUCCAGUGCUCUCCGAGGUGUCCCACUGCCAAACCUUGCUGUGUUCUCCUUGUCCUUAAGGUUUCCAGUGUCCAAGCCUCUGGGGCGAAAGAGGAGAGAACCCCGUUGUCCCGUUGCAACCUGCUGCUGAGGUCCAGCAACUUGAUGUCCAGGUUUUUGAAGUUGAGCCUUUUUGAGUUUGGUGCUGUAAUGUCACAUCGAAAUGUGGCCCUUUUGGGAGCAAGGACGUGUGCCUGCAGGUCAGAAGGUGUGAGCAGUGCCAUGCUUGUGUGGGCACAACGUGGAUCUCUUGGCUUGCUGCUGCACUAUAAGUUCAAAGUGCACCUCGUGCUUAAAUUCACUGGCUUUUUGGGUUUUUGGGAAGUGCUUGUGCUUGUCUUCCAUUCUGUUCUCCACCCCAACCUUUGUGUGACCUGUAACUGGAAGGAAACCCAAGUAAUAUAUUUUUAUAUGUAUGCCAAAUGAAUUUAUUUGAAAGGGAAAGGCAAUGUAUCCCCCUAAAUCUAGCUUUCAGUUAGGGAAGUGAGAAGAGAAAUUGUUUAUAUAUAUAUAUAUAUAUAUAUAUAUGAAAUUUAACUGCAUUAAGCUUUAAAUAAAUUAUUUAACUAAAGAGUUUCUAGGCUGUAUCACCCUGUGGGGCAGCUCCGGCCUGGCUGCAUGUCUGUGAUGGGUGGGAGAAGGCUGCUGUGACGGUCUGGAGGCACUGGGAGCUCCAGGGUGGCACAGCCCGGGCGGUGCUGGCCAGUGUCGCAGCUUCCUCUAGUGGCCACACUGGAAACGGUUUCAGAGGAGGAAUCAGCGUUGGGUCGAAAGGCGAGGAGGACAUCGGUGUUUUCUCAUUCCUUCAGUUCUUUGAUUUCGCAGGGACAGGACAAGGGGAAUGGCUUUAACCUGCCAGAGGGGAGAUUGAGAUGAGCUCUGAGGCAGAAGCUCUUCCCUGUGAGGGUGCUGAGGCGCUGGCACAGGGUGCCCAGAGAAGCUGUGGCUGCCCCAUCCCUGGCAGUGUUCAAGGCCAGGUUGGACACAGGGGCUUGGAGCAACCUGCUCUAGCGGAAGGUGUCCCUGCCCGUGGCAGGGGGUUGGAGCUGGGGGAGCUUUAAGGUCCUUUUCAAGCCAAACCCGCCUGUGACUCUCUGAUAACUCUGGAGUCUUUCCUUGUUAUUGUUUUCUUUUGGUUGAAAAUCAUGUUUAUGCAAUUUGUUGUGUCUUUAUGGCACCUUGUCCAGAGGGAUCUUUGCUUUGAGUCUGGUCUCCAGCCUCUGCCUGUGAGAUUGAUGUUCCGGGGAUGACUUGGUGAGCAGCCUGUGCUGUGCACAGGGAGUUUGACUGUCUUAACCUUUUUAAGUGGUUCUUGUUUGAGUUUUGAGUUAAUCAAUGAGACUUCUUCCCCUGAUCAUUCUUCCUUGGUGAAUGCAUAAACAGAUCUUUUACCCUUCCUUUCCCAGGAUCCUGUUGGUGGGAAUACAGCUUCUCCUGGCGCUCAGCUGUCUCUUACCAUGGGAGGUUUUUGGAUUUGUCUUUUUUUUUUCUUUUAACCCAUUUUAUGUUCCUGCUUUUCCCCCAGGGAAGGACAUUGGAAUAUCCUCGAGCUGUGCCUGCCUUACAGGAGAGGAUGGCAAAGGAGAGGCUGGAUUGUGGGGGUUAAAUGAUCAGUAUUUCUGCAAAGAGACUCGAAUGGGUUAGCUGUGACUGAAACAGUGUUAUUUUUAUGACCUGAGCCAUGCCAUUCACUGGAGAAAAGCCAGGACUUGGUGUUACAGCUCCCUGUUCUCUUGGCCAUUUCCUCCCCCAAGUCUUACCUCUGUCCCUCUGUGUGAUGCUGCUCAGCCCUCUGGGGUGGUAUCUUGACUGUGAAUUAUCGUUAAGGAAUGAUGGUUGAUGAAGGUGGUGCCUGAAUUCAGCUUCUGGGCAGGCUGCUGUCAGUCCUUCUGGGAAGUUUGUCUUUCCCCCAAGCUUGGCUCGUCUUGAAAUGCCACACAGAGGUGGCAGAACAGGUUUAGAUCCCUGUUAACCCAACAGGACCAAAAGUGAAGACAUUCGUGGAAAUCCUGAGCGCUUUGAAGCUGGCAAUUACAGGCCAGGGUAUGGAAAAGGUUGAUUGUGAAGAAGGGAUCUCAUUUGUUUUUUCUUCUUCCAUAAGUGAAUGUGAUUUUACAGUUGAAAGGCCCAGAUGCAUCUGUGUUAUCCCCAGCUCUCCUCCCGUGUGGUUCUCCUCGUCGUCGUUCUGGUGUCUUUGGUACUGAACAUCUCUGAUAUGGCAGAAAACCAAAGGUUUGUUGGGGUUCAGCUGCUCUGAGCAGAGGGGUUGCUCUCGCUGUGUAAUUGCUUCUCCGGGUUGUUUCUAUGGAUGUCCCUCCUCGUAUCUCAUCCGGCUGUAGCCGUAGAGGUGAAGAACAGCAGCAGUGCUCUGUGACCUGGGGAGUGCUCAUGUCUUACAUUAACGUGCACUACGAAUGUAUACAGAAUAAAUGGAACAUGAUGACUA